GCCCUGCUGACGCUAUUCGUUCACCAACGCGCCUCUCAGCUGCCAAUUGACAUGGGUGGAGGUGAAGGAAAGUGUCUGUUCAUUGAUACUGAGGGUACUUUCGUGAGUAGCAGAAGCGCUCAUCUGAGUCCCCCAAGCUCACAGCUGACCAUUGCUCCCCUUGCUGUACUCAGCGACCUGUUCGACUGCUCGCGGUGGCUGAGCGCUAUGGUCUCAAUGGAGAGGAAGUGCUAGACAAUGUGGCCUACGCCCGCGCCUACAAUGCCGAGCACC